AUGGAUGCAACUAGCACAGAUCCUUCUUCCUUCACGCUUCUAGCGUCGUCUCCUUCUGGUCUUUCACCAUCACAGGUUUCCGUGGCGUUCAGCGACGCCUACGACCGCAUCGCUCACUCUGACGUCAAUUUGGAGAACACGAUUUUCGAGAUAUGGGAUCAGAGGAGUCAGAAGAACAAUUCACUGUUCAAUGGGAAGAAGUUUAGGUAUGGAGGCUGUGCUUUGGACGCAGGAAAUGGAUCCGACCGUGAACCACAUUUAUGCCUCCACCUAGGUUUGACAGAUUAUAGGCUAAUUGGACAAAGAAGCUUAAAAAAUGAGAUCAUUGUGAUGCUUAAUUUUCGGCAAGCCAUAUGGACUUUUGUGGGGACAAACUUAAGUCCUUUGUGGGAAAAGUUCCUGGUUCCAUCGGAAGAUGAUUCUGUUCUUUGUCAGCACACCUCCAGCCCGCUAGGAAAUGGUGCAGUGGUGGAAACAAUUGACAAUAAAAUACUAGUAUUACAACGAAGUACUAAUGUUGGUGAAUUUCCUGGACAUUUUGUUUUCCCUGGAGGCCAUCCUGAGCCUCAAGAAAUUGGUAUAACAUCUCAUCAAUAUGUCAAGGAGUUAGCAGAAUCUAUUAACGUAAAGGUUUCAAAGGAGAUGUUUGAUAGCAUAGUUCGUGAAGUAGUUGAAGAAAUUGGAGUGCCACCUUCAUCCCUUAGCACCCCCACUUUCAUUGGUAUAUCUCGCAGGAAUUUGAAUGUGAGACCGACUGCAUUUUUCUUUAUCAAAUGUAGUCUUGAUUCACAGGAAGUUCAGCAGUUUUAUUCUAGCGCACAAGAUGGCUAUGAAUCGACUCAGCUCUAUGCUGUUCCAAUGAUUGAAGUAGAAAACAUGGCUUCUAGGAUGCCUGGCUGUCAUCGAGGUGGAUUUGCUCUCUAUAAACUAAUGGUUGACACCAGAAAGAUUAAUUAA